GUGAGGAAUAAAUAAAUGGUGGUCUCCUUCCCACAGCUGAUCCAUAAACCCCGAAGUUUGUCGAGCAGCCAGUUAAAACAUCUGACGUCCCAGCUGGAUUUGCAAUGCCUUUGGACGACUUACCUGCAGCCCAUGUUGGUGGAGAGGUAUUCAGGCAGCUCUGGCAACAUCAAGAUACGGCAGUUCAUCGUGGAACGGCUAAAGGCCCUGAAGGCUUCUUGGCAGGUGGAACUGGAUGCUUUCAAAGACCGGACUCCGCACGGCACGGUUAGCUUUGCCAACGUGGUGGCCACGCUGGACCCCGCGGCCACCUGGCGCCUGGUUUUCGCCUGCCACUACGACUCCAAAUACUUCCCCCGAGACAAGCACGGACGGGUUUUCGUGGGGGCCACCGAUUCAGCCGUGCCCUGCGCCAUCCUGCUGGAGUUAGCAACCGCGUUGGACCACAGGCUCCGGAAGGCCAAAGAGCAGGCUUCGAAAAUAACCCUGCAGCUGCUCUUCUUUGAUGGGGAAGAAGCCUUCCGCGAGUGGAGUGAGACAGAUUCCCUCUAUGGGGCCCGACACCUAGCUGAGCACAUGGGCAGGACCCCACAUCGGCUGGGCAUCACUCACCUGCAGGCGAUAUCUCUCUUCGUUUUGCUGGAUCUCUUGGGCGCCCCUCAGCCGUCCUUUCAAAAUCAUUUCCAUGCAACAUCCGGUUGGUUCGAGAGGCUUAUUAGCCUCGAAAAACGGCUGCACCGCCUUGGACUGCUCCAAUCCCAUUCCCAGGAACAGCUGUAUUUCCACAGAAGGUCCCUCUACGGCUCUGUCGAAGAUGACCAUGCCCCCUUCCUCAGGAAAGGCGUCCCAGUCCUCCACCUCAUCGCCACCCCGUUCCCCAAGGUCUGGCACACCCUGGAGGACACCGAAGCCAACCUGGACCGCCCCACCGUGGAGAACCUGAGUAAGAUCUUGGCUGCCUUCCUGGCGGAAUACCUGGCCCUCUAAGGCGGACGGAGGUUCUUCCAACCUUCGGAAGGUCUCCUCGGUUCUACCGGACGUGGCUGGGAUG